GUCACCGCGCAUUCGGUUUACGCUACUUCCGUCUAAUGCCGGUGGGCUGAGACAGUGACGUGUACACAUCGGGAGCUCUCAGUUCCGACUCGGGCAAGACCUAGAAGAAACAGAAUGUCAGAAGGAGAUAGCAUCGGUGAUUCGGUUCAUGGAAAACCUUCAGUGGUGUUUCGGUUCUUUUCAAGGCUUGGACAAAUUUACCAAUCGUUUCUAGACAAAUCCACACCAUACACAGCAGUACGAUGGGUGAUGACACUGGGCCUUAGUGCAAUCUACAUGAUAAGGGUGUAUAUACUACAGGGUUGGUACAUAGUGACAUAUGCCAUGGGUAUUUACCACCUAAAUCUAUUCAUAGCAUUCUUAUCUCCAAAGGUAGAUCCAUCCCUAAUGGAAGACUCAGAUGAGGGACCUUCAUUACCUACUAAACAAAAUGAAGAGUUUCGGCCAUUUAUCAGAAGACUGCCUGAAUUUAAAUUUUGGCAUUCUGCAACGAAAGGAGUUGUUGUUGCAAUGGGAUGCACUUUCUUUGAUGCUUUUAAUGUUCCCGUAUUUUGGCCCAUCCUCGUUAUGUAUUUUAUCAUGCUUUUUUGCAUCACUAUGAAAAGACAGAUAAAGCACAUGAUAAAAUACAGGUAUAUACCCUUCACACAUGGCAAGAGGAAGUACAAAGGAAAGGAGGAACCCACAUCCGGGAAGCCGUUCUCCAGUUAAAAGAAACUGUCUCAUUUUUGACUUUCUUACAUAAAAUUUAAAUCAACAAAAAAAAAAA